AUGUGUGUGUGUGUGUGUGUGUGCGCAUACAUUCAUGUUCUAUGUGUUGCAGUUGAAUGGAACUCCAUUGCAGAAAUCUAUAACUCAGCAGUUUCAGGAAAUGGAGAUGAUGGAUCAUCCACCCAGCAAAACACUAAUAGCCCAAUUCCUCAAGUUUGGAAGACCACUGCCAUGGAGGAAGACCAGGUUGAAGUGGAGCAGAACGAUCAAUUCAUAAUAAUCAGUACAUCUGAAACUGAAGACCUGAUGGAAGAGAUGCUAACAAUAAGCAACAAGCACAGUGAUCAUGACAAUAAGAACAAGGAGAGCAAAUCGGAACGAGAAGCUGCUGCUGAGGAAGAAGGAGAAGUAGAAGUAGAGACUGGAAAACCAGUAUCCAACUCAAUCAAGUCUUCCUCUUCUUCAUUGCGUCGGGCAUCCAAAAGACUCGCUGGGAUUGAACCCGAGCUCGAUACCCUUCUGAUAGACCCCACUCCUCCUAGGAAAACAGGAAAGCGGUCAGCCAGACAGAGGUCCAAGCUAUAUACAAAAAGCUUGGAGGUUCGUGAAAUGGACAUCGACAAGGUGGAAGAAAAGCAAAAUGUGGAGAAUGCGGAACAACAACUUAAUGAGCAGAAUGGUGGAGUGCCACCAACACAAGCAGCAGCACCUCCACUAAGGUUUCAUAAGGAGAUGCUGUCAAAUAAUUGCAUUCAGUUUGCACUGAAAGUUCUGAGAUGUGAGUAUGAAGUUACAAAUGAACCCGAGGGGUGUACAGCCAAGCAAUUCUACGAGGAAGCAAUGUCGGAUCCCUUCUUUGAAUAUGCAUGUGAGAAUGUCCCUGAUCCUUCUGAGAUCCUACCUCCCUUGGGGUAUUACAGCAUGGAGAAAGAGUUGGAUGAGUUUGACAGAGAUGUGGAAAAGUGCAAGUCGCUUCCGAAUUUCGGCUUCCCCAUGUCCUUUGAUUCUGAUGUUACUGUCCAUUUUGAGACUCCUCCCCUCCCCUGA